CUCCUACCACGCAGAACAGACGCUAUAUUCAUCUCUGAGCUCUAGCCUGCAGCCUGCGAAACUCCCUACAGGAACUUCUGGUACUUUUCCCCACAGCUCGAGUGACUGAAUACAAACAAUAUCAUUAAUGCCACCGGGUGAAAACAGGCGAAGUGGUGCCUGGUCCGUUAAUCCAACAAUGUGCAGAAUAUGCGGUCUUUUUUGCGCUUGGGGAGUCCUGUUUUUGACAGAGGUCUGCGCGCAAUCACAACGGAGACAAACAUUUACAUGUGGAGGUAAUAUAACAGGGGAUUCUGGGGUCAUUGGGAGCCCGGGGUAUCCAGGGGUGUACCCCCCAAAUACCAAAUGUGUUUGGAGAAUCACGGUCCCUGAGGGUAAAGUGGUGGUCCUGUCCUUCCGCUUCAUUGACAUGGAGAGUGACAACCUGUGUCGUUAUGACUAUGUGGAUGUAUACAGCAGCCAUGUGAAUGGCCAGAGGCUGGGCCGAUUCUGUGGGACGUUCAGGCCUGGCGCCCUGGUCUCCACUGGCAACAAGAUGCUUAUUCAGAUGGUUUCUGAUGCCAACACGGCUGGGAGUGGCUUCCUGGCUGUGUACUCCACUGCCCAGCCACACGAGAGAGGGGACCAGUACUGUGGAGGUCGUCUGGAUAAACCCUCUGGGUCCUUCAAGACCCCUAACUGGCCAGAAAAGGAUUACCCUGCUGGGGUCACCUGCUCAUGGCACAUAGUAGCUCCUAAGAACCAGAUAAUUGAGUUGAAGUUUGAGAAGUUCGAUGUGGAAAGAGACAACUACUGCCGUUAUGACUAUGUAGCCAUAUUCAACGGGGCAGAGAUCAACGAUGCCAAGAGGAUAGGAAAGUACUGUGGUGAUAGCCCUCCAGCUCCAGUAUUCUCUGAGGGUAACCAGCUCCUGAUCCAGUUCCUGUCAGACCUCAGUCUAACAGCAGACGGGUUCAUCGGCCACUACAAGUUCAGACCCAAGAAGUUCCCCACCACCACGGUGUCACCAACCACCACCACCCCAGCAGUUACCACAAGACCCAUACCCCUCAAGUACUCUGUAGCUCUGUGCCAGCCGAAAUGCAAAAGAAGUGGAACCAUUGAGAGCAACUACUGUACCAGUGAUUUUGUGAUAACAGGAACUGUCAUCACGGCGGUGGUGCGUGGAGGCAGCAUGUACGCCACCAUCUCCAUUAUCAACGUCUACAAAGAAGGCAACCUGGCCAUCCAGCAGGCCGGGAAGACCAUGAGUACCAAGAUCAUCAUCCUCUGCAAGAAGUGUCCCUUCAUCAGACGUGGACUCAACUACAUUUUCAUGGGCUCAGCGGACGAGGAGGGGAGGGGGAAGAUUGCGCCCCAUCACUUUGUCAUGGCUUUUAAGGCAAAGAACCAGAGGGGCCUCAACGUACUGAAGACCAAACGUUGCUGAGGCCUGAGUCUUUAACCACCAUAACCUGCCCACAGGGAUGUGGCUGUUCUGUUAGUCUCCACCCAGCAUGCCCUGACCCCGCCCCAUCAUCGCCACUCAUCCCCAACACAGGACUAGUUUAGAACUCGGGAUGUUACUAUCUGGAGGUGUCUGUCUGUAGAUGUCUGUCCCUAUCUUUAUUCUCUUGUUAUAUGGUAUUUUUCUCUGUCCACUGAGCUGGAACGUUUUUGGGCACAUUGUGAACAACAAGUGUGAUAAUAAGUGCAGGGGAGGGUGGAGAGGAAGAGACACAGUAGAGACUCAACAGGGUCAUGUUCAGUUUGAAAUAAACAGGAGAAAAUGUUUUCAAAUGUGUCCAAUGACAGAGCUCAUCUCCCUUUGGUUUCAAAAGUUCUACUGAAAAUAACCCAGAUGUCAUGAGGGUUGGCUUGGUUGAAACAUCUGCCCAGGAAGGGCUUGGUUACAGAAAGUACAUUAUUAAGUACUGGGUGUUGUAGUUUUAAGGACAGUGUUUACAAAUAGCUCUUUAUUUCCUAUGUUCAAAUUGGAUGGACAGGAUUUGGGAGGUAUUUCAUGUGGUGUCAAUAAGUGCAAUAGUUUAAUAUAUAACAUUCCUUUUGAAAUGAUUUUGUGUCACACUGAUAAUAUGUUUAGUACUGUCACUUCUUAGCCAACGCUUUUAUAAUGAAUUGAUACAGCAAAGCACUCGAUACCAUUGUCCGCUUGGUUUUGUCAGCUUACAUUCAAAAUGUUUGAAACAAAGAGUAACAAUAUUAUAAAGUAUUUUCAUAUGAAACAAUUAAUAAAUGUUAUUUAUAUUUUAUUGUUUUCAUCUGACCAAAUAAAAAAUGAAA